UGUCAGCACAGAGCCCGACAUGGGGCUCAAACUCACAAACCACGAGAUCACGACCUGAGCCCAAGUCGGACACUAACCGACUGAGCCACCUGGUGCCCGUAUCUUAUUUAUUUUGCUAAAGUUUAUUUAUUUAUUUUGAGAGCGAAAACACACAAUCAGGGUAGGGGCAGAGAGAAAGAGAGAGAGAGAGAAGAGAGGGAAUCCCAAGCAGGCUCUGCACUGACAGUGCGGAGCCCGAUGCGGGGCUUGAGCCCACGAACCAUGAGAUCAUGACCUGAGCUGAAACCAAGAGUCCAAUGCUUAACAACUAAGCCACCCAGGCGUCACAAGAUAAGGAUUUUAGACUCUCUCUGGAGGCCGUGGGAAACUAUGGAGGGGUUUAGGCAGUGUGGCUGGACCUACCCUGUUCGUGGGCAAAAUGAUGAAUUAAUCGUAGAGUAAGCAAACCGUUGCAGCUUCAGGCAAGAAGUGAUGGUGGCUUGGAGGAGGGCCGCUUCUCUAGGGACUGAAAGAAAUGACAGAGAACUUCUGGAACAUUUUAAAGGAUCUGAUAGGGGGUGAAGGAGAAGGAAGAGCUGAGUGUGACUGUCAGAUUUCUCAGGGGACUGUGUGAAGAGCUGGAAGACAAGGAGGUCUGGUUGUCAUUCUAGGAGAUCCGUCAAGGGCAAGCAGGGUGAAAAAAAUAGGAGUCUGGAGAGGGAAUAGUAUUAUCUGGAAACAGCCAAUAUGCCAAUAUGAUAACACAUUAUAUUACUGUUCACAAUAGUUGCUGUCUCUCCUGAAGGAUACCCAGUUGAUACGAGGCUCGGCUGUAUGACUCACAAUGAAAUGUGAACACGAGUGACGUUGUACCUUUUCUUUUCGUUUCUUUUUUUAACUUUCUUUUUUUUUUAAUGUUUAUUUAUUUUUGAGAGACAGAGAGAUACAGAGCACCAGCAGGGAAGGGGCAGAGAGAGAGGGAGAUACAGAAUCUAAAGCAGGCCCCAGGCUCUGAGCUGUCAGCACAGAGCCCGACGCGGGGCUCGAACCCAUGAACUGCGAGAUGUUGACCUGAGCUGAAGUCGGAUGCUUAACCGACUGAGCCACCCAGGCGCCCCAACGUGUAUCUUUUCUGAGUGGAAGAUUCAAAAGCCAGCUCAUGGCUGUCCACACGUCUUUUCCCUCUGCCAGGGGAUCGGCGAUGUUUCAGAGGCUGCCCAUGAAUGAAGAGCCUGGGUGCGUGAACAAAGACGUGGAGCAGAGCCCAGCCAACCCGUGUCGGACAAGGAGACACCGAGUCGUUACCAUUAUCCCAAAGAAGGACCCCCAGGAGGAUGAGAGUAUUAUUGCUGUACAUCUAAAGUCAAGGUUUCAGGGCUCUGUGUCAUUCAGGGACGUGGCCAUCAGCUUCUCCCAGGAAGAGUGGGCGUGUCUGGACCCUGCUCAGAGGGCUUUGUACAGGGACGUGAUGUUGGAGAACUAUAGCCACCUGCUCUCACUGGGAAGGUCCAUUUCUAAGCCAGAUGUGAUUACCUUACUGGAGCAAGAGAAAGAGCCUUGGGUGGUUGUGAGGAAAGAAACAAGUGGAUGGUACCCCGAUUUGGAGUCAAAUUAUGGAGCUAAGAAGUUAUCUCCAGAAAAUGAUAUUUACGAAAUAAAUUUGCCCAAACAGAGUAUAACGCAAAUAAGUAAAACUCCUGGCCUCAAGGCCUCCAAUUGUAGAAAUGACUCAAAAUGCAGAAAUAGAUUUAGGGGACGACAGAGACAUCAAGAGGGGUAUAUCAGUCAAAAGAUAAUAAGCUAUGAAAAAAUGCAUACUUAUACUCAUCAUAUUUCUCUUAUUCACAAUACAGAUAAGCCAUAUGAAUGUAAGGAGUGUGGGAAGUACUUUAGUCGUGGUUCAAAUCUUAUUCAGCAUCAGAGUAUUCAUACGGGAGAGAAACCCUACAAAUGUAAGGAAUGUGGGAAGGCCUUCAGACUUCUUAUCCAGCUUACUCGCCAUCAGAAAUUUCAUAGUGGUGAAAAACCCUUUAAAUGUAAGCAAUGUGGGAAAGCUUUUAGUCUUCCCACCCAGCUCAAUCGCCAUGAGAACAUUCAUACAGGUGAGAAACCAUUUGAGUGUAAGGAGUGCGGUAAGUCCUUUAAUCGUAGCUCAAACCUUGUUCAACAUCAGAGUAUUCAUGCUGGCGUGAAACCCUAUGAAUGUAAAGAGUGUGGGAAAAGCUUUAAUCGUGGUUCAAACCUUAUUCAGCACCAGAAAAUUCAUUCUAGUGAGAAAUCCUUUGAGUGUAAGGAGUGUGGGAAGGCCUUUUGUCUUCCAGUAGAGCUUGCUAGACAUCAGAACAUUCAUACUGGUGAGAAACCAUUUACAUGUAAGGAAUGUGGCAAGGCCUUCAGUCGUGGCUCGAAUCUUGUCCAACAUCAGAGUAUUCAUACUGGUGAGAAACCCUACGGAUGUAAGGAGUGUGGAAAGGCUUUUAGACUUCACCUACAACUUUCUCGACAUCAGAAAACGCAUACUGGUGAAAAACCAUUUGAAUGUAAAGAAUGCGGGACAGCCUUCCAAUAUCAGUACCAACUUAUUGAGCAUCAGCGAAUUCACACAGGUGUGAAACCUUAUGAAUGUAAGGAAUGUGGGAAAUUGUUUCGUCGUGGUUCAAACCUCAUUCAACAUCGGAGUGUUCAUACUGGAAAGAAACCUUUUGAAUGUAAGGAAUGUGGGAAGGCCUUUAGACUCCAUAUACAACUUAUUCGACAUGAGAAAUUUCAUACCGGUGAGAAGCCCUUUGAAUGUGGAAAAUGUGGAAAAGCCUUUAGUCUUCUCACCCAGCUUCAUCGGCAUGAGAACAUUCAUACAGGUGAGAAACCAUUUGAAUGUAAAGAAUGUGGGAAGUCCUUUAAUCGUGUCUCAAACCUUGUUCAACAUCAGAGUAUUCAUGCUGGCGUGAAACCCUAUGAAUGUAAAGAGUGUGGGAAGGGCUUUAAUCGUGGUUCAAACCUUAUUCAGCAUCAGAAAAUUCAUUCUAGUGAGAAACCCUUUGAGUGUAAGGAGUGCGGGAAGGCCUUUAGGUAUCAUUACCGACUUAUUGAACAUCAUAGAAUGCAUACUGGGGAGAAACCCUUUGAAUGUAAAGAAUGUGGGAAGGCCUUUACUCUUCUGACACAGCUUACUCGACAUCGGAACAUUCAUACUGGUGAGAAACCAUUUAAAUGUAAGGAAUGUGGCAAGGCCUUCAAUCGUGGUUCAAAUCUUGUUCAACAUCAGAGUAUUCAUACUGGCGAGAAACCCUAUGGAUGCAAGGAGUGUGGAAAGGCUUUUAGACUUCACCUACAACUUUCUCGACAUCAGAAAACGCACACUGAUGAGAAACCAUUUGAAUGUAAGGAAUGUGGGGCAGCCUUUAGACAUCAAUACCAAGUUAUUGAACAUCAGCGAAUUCAUACAGGUGUGAAACCCUAUGAAUGUAAGGAAUGUGCAAAGAGCUUUAGUCGUGGUACAGACCUUAGAGUACAUCAGAGAAUUCACACUGGUGAGAAACCCUUUGAAUGUAAGGAAUGUGGGAAGGCCUUUCGACAUCAUUAUCAGUUUCUUGGACAUUCCAGAAUUCAUACUGGUGAGAACCCCUAUGAAUGUAAGGAAUGUGGGAAAUGCUUUAUUUGCAGUAGUGAACUUAGAGUACAUCAGAGAAUUCAUACUGGUGAGAAACCAUAUCAGUGUAAGGAAUGUGGGAAGGCCUUCAGUCGUAGCUCAAACCUUAUUCAGCAUGUUAAAAUUCAUACUGGUGAGAAGCCCUAUGAAUGUAAGGAAUGUGAAAAGGCCUUUAGCAAUAAUUAUGAACUUACUGUACAUCAGAGAAUUCAUACUGGUGAGAAACCUUAUGAAUGUAAGGAAUGUGGGAAAACUUUUAGACUUAGUUCAGUCUUUACUGCCCAUCAGAGAAUUCAUACAGGUAUGAAACCCUAUGAAUGUAAAGAAUGUGGAAAGAGCUUUAGUUGUAGCUCAAACCUUAUUCAACAUGAGAGGAUUCAUACUGGUGAAAAACCUUAUGAAUGUAAGGAAUGUGGGAAGGCCUUUAGACUUAGGUCAGUGUUUAUUGCCCAUCAGAGAAUUCAUACAGGUCUGAAACCCUAUGAGUGUAAAGAAUGUGGGAAAGCCUUUACUGUGACUGGUCAGCUGACCCGACAUCAGAAAAUUCAUAAUCGUCAGAAGUCCUAUGAAUAUAAGGAAUGCGGGAAAAAAACCUUCCCUGGUUAUGAACAGCUUACUCAUCAUCAGAGAGUUCACAGUGGCAAGAAACCCUAUGAUAUAAAAGAAUGUGGGAAGACCUUCCAUCAUGGACUGAGAUUUGCUCAACAGCACAGUAUUCCUACUGGUGAGGAACUCCUUGAGUAUAAGUAAUGUGGAAGGAUUGACAGUCACAGCAAACACUUUAGAGUAGAGAAGACAUUCUGAUGAGGGAGUCUUUAAAUGUAAGAAAUACAGGGUGGCUGUCGUGUUCAUUGUUUACUAAUCAUGAAAGAUAUUUUACUACGUAUGUUAAUUUCAUGCAUUUAGAAAAGCCUUCAAACUCCAACUGGAGAAAAACUAUCCUUGGAACAAAUAUAAGCUACAUCUACCUAAGGCAUGUGCUUUAUUUCCAUUUCACUACCUAUGUGACAUUAGACUAGGUGUCUAGCCUCUUUUUGCAUCAUUUAUAAUGGCAAUGGUAGUGAGUACUAGUGCAAUUAUAGGAAUAAAUGUGUUACAGUACACAGAAAAUCCUUGAAAAAGUAUUUGGCACAUGCUUGUGCUCAUAGAGGAUAGCUUUUACAUUGUUCCAUUAGCAUUACUGUUACUGAGGACAGGAAAAGUGUAUUGUGAAUCAUUUAGAAAAGCGUCAUCCAUUCACUAUUAAGUUUUAAAUAACUUCCGUAUAAAAUUUCAUGGGAGGUAAAGAACACGUGAGGAUUUUCAUUAAGAGCUCAUCCCUUAAGUUACAUCAGAAAGUUAAUUUUGGAAAGAAACCCUAUGGAUUUCGUGCGUGAGGAGAUAUUGAGAAAACAGCUGUUGAAGAAUCAGGGAGAGUUUUUGAAGUGAUUUGUCUAUAAAAGGCAACAGGCAGAAAAUGUAUAAUUUAUAUUCUCUGUCCAGAAGUUAAGAUAAAUUAAAUAUUAGUGAAAGAAUAGCAAAAUAAGAGCUAUCCAUUUAUGUUAUCCAACUCUUUAUCAUGAAAAUUGCUACACAUAUGAAAAAGAUGAAAGAAUAAACACCCAUAUACCCCUUCUAGAUUCAGAGUUGUUAGCAAUUUGACAUUUAUUUUUCUGUAUAUUUUAUGUUGUGCCAUUGAGAAUAUGUUUUAGACAUCAUGUACUUUACCCCUUAUUACAUCAGUAUGUAUCUCCCAAACAUAAAGACAAUCUCAUAUAUAGCCAUAGUACCAUAAUUACCCUUAAGGAAAUUAUCCAUAAUUCCAUAUUACCUAUCUUCAUUGGCCUCUAAAAUGCCUUUUUUAGGAGUUCAUCUUCUGAAUAGCAUGCAUUCCAGAUUAUGUAUUAUAUUUGGUUUUAAGCUCUCUUUAGUCUUUUUUAGUCUAGGAUAGUAACUCAAAUUUUCUGGAGUACCAGAAUCAUCUGUGACUCCUAGUAAAAAUACAGAGGUCCAGGCCCACUGAGCCUCUGUAUCUUUACUAGUUCUGCAGGAGAUUUUGGUAUGUGCUACAGAGAGUCACUGGUCUAAAAACUUUCUCCUUAAUUUUUAAAAAAAUUUUUUAGAAUGUUGACUUCAUGAGAAGCCCAGGAAAAUUGCCAUGUGUUUAGAUUUUCUGUUUCUAUAUGUCAUUUAGCUUUGUUCUGUCUUUUGUAUUUUCUGUACAAAGGAAAUUUGGUCUAGAGGCUGCAUUAGGUUCAGAUUAAAUGUUUUGAGGGGAGAAUACUUGGUAGGUUAUGUCUGUAUGUCGUAUUGCAACAUGUUAGAAAACAUGUAAGGACAGGUCAUUACUUUGUUAGUAAAACUAAAUUUGAUCAUUUGGGUAAGAUGGUACCAGAUCUCCAUUGUAAAGAUCUUUGGAGAGACUGUCACCUCUUCGGAAAUUUAUACUCAUGUAUUUAAAUCCUAAAUCAAAUAGAAGAUAAAAAAUGAAAAUAGACUGUUCAGGAAUGAAUUGCAUUAAAAUGCAAACAUGAUUGAACUUGUAGAAUGUGCCUGAAGCUAUACUCUGUACAAAAUUAAUACUCUUCAGUGUAUACAAGGUUAUUUUGAACAGAACCUUAUUUUGUUGUUGUUCAGCACUUUAUCCCCAGCACCUUUGUUGCAUCUGGUACAUGAGAAAUUGAUAAACUUUAGGGGGGCGGGGGCGGGGAAUUGAGCCUGCAACUCAAGAAGCUAUAAAACAAGAGAAUAAACCUUAAGCCAAUACAAGGAAGCAACACUAAAAAUGGGAAUUAACAGUUGGGGAACAGAUUUCAUUUUUUACUUUUUUUUUUUUAAUUUAAUUUUUUAUUUUUUAAAAUCUACAUCCAAAUUAGUUAGCAUAGAGUGAAACAAGGAUUUCAGGAGUAGAUUCCUUAAUGCCUCUUAGCCAUUUAGCCCAUCCCCCUCCCAGAACCCCUCCAGCAACCCUCAGUUUGUUCUCCAUAUUUAUGAGUCUCUUCUGUUUUGUCCCUGUCCCUGUUUUUAUAUUAUUUUUGUUUCCAUUCCCUUAUGUUCAUCUGUUUUGUGUCUUAAAGUCCUCAUAUGAGUGAAAUCAUAUGAUUUUUGUCUUUCUCUGACUGACUAAUUUCACUUAGCAUAAUACCCACCAGUUCCAUCCAUGUAGUUGCAAAUGGCAAGAUUUCAUUCUUUUUGAUUGUUGAGUAGUACUCCAUUGUAUAUAUAUACCACAUUUUCUUUAUCCAUUCAUCCAUCGAUGGACAUUUGGGCUCUUUCCAUACUUUAGCUAUUGUUGAUUCAUUUUUUACUUUUAAAUUUUUUCCAGCCUUGGGUUAUAAUUGACAUAUAACACUGAGUAGGUUAAGGUGUACAAAAUAGUGAUUCCAUAUAUGUGUAUAUUGCUAAAUGAUUACCAUAAUAAGCUAACACAUCUGUCACCUCACAAUAGUUACCUUUUUGUGUGUGAUGAAAACUUUUAAGAUCUACUCCCUUAGCAACUUUGAGGUAUAUGAUACAGUGUUAUUAACUAGUCACAAUGCUAUACAUUACAUCUCGCUAGAACUUAUUUAUCUUUUAAGUGGAAAUUUGUACCCUUUCACCACCUUUGCCCAUCCCCCAACCCCACCCCUGCCACUGGCAAGCCACCAAUCUGUUCUCUGUAUCUGAGUUCCAGGUGUUUUUGAAUUCUACGUGUGAGUGAGAUCAUGCAGUAUUUAUCUUUAUUUGACCUACUUCAGUUAGCAUAAUGCCCUCAAAGUUUAUGUGUUAAAAAUGGCAGGAUACCCUUAUUUUUUAUGGCUGAAUAAUAUUCCAUAUGAUAUAUAAUACUCCAAUAUGAAAUACCACGUUUUCUUUAUCCCUCCAUCCAAUGAUGGAUGCAUAGAUCAUUUCCACUUCUUGGCUAUUGUAAAUGUUGUAAUGCACAUGAGAGUGCGGAUAGCUCUUCAAGAUAGUGAUUUAAUUUUUUUUUUUUUUUUGAUACAUACCCAGAAGUGGAGUUGCUGGAUUGUGUAGUAGUUCUAUUUUUAAUUUUUUAAAGAAUCUCCUUGGGACUCCUGGGUGGCUCGGUUGGUUAAGCGUCCGAUUUCAGCUCAGGUCAUGAUCUCACAGUUCAUGGGUUGGAGUCUCGCUACAGGCUCUGUGCUGACAGCUCAGAGCCUGGAGCCUGCUUUGACUUCUGCGUUUCCCUCUCUGUUCCUCCCCUGCUUGCACUCGAUCUCUCUCUCUCUCUCUCUCUCUCUCUCUCUCUCUCUCUCAAAAAUAAAAUAAACAACAACAAAAAAGAACCUUACUGUUUGUCAGAUUGGGUGUACCAGUUUACACUUCCACCAGUUGUGUAUGAAGAUUCCUUUCUUCUGCAUCCUUACCAUCCCUUGUUCUCUCUUGCCUUUUUUAUUAUAGUCAUUAUAAUAGGGGUGAGGUAAUAUCUCAUUGUGGUUUUGAUUUGCAUUUCCCUGAUGAUUAGUGAUAUCGAGCACCUUUUUCAUGUAUCUGUUGACCAUUUGAACAUCUUUGGGAAAAUGUCUUCAGGUUCUUGGACCAUUUUUAAAUUUGAUUAUUGGGGGAUUUUUUUUUUUUUGUUAUUGAGUUGCAUGAGUUCCAUAUGUGGUUUGCAAAUUUAUUCUUCCUCCAUAAGUUGCCUUUUCACUUUUUUAAUCUCGUUUAUUUUUCUGUGCAAAAGCUUUUUAGUUUGAUGUGGUCCCCCUUAAUUUAUUUUUGCUUUUGUUACUUGAACUUUAUGUGUCAUAUGUAAAAAAAUCAUUGCCAGAGCUUUUUGCCAGUGUUUUCUUCUCGGAGCUUUAUGGUUUCAGGUGUUAAUGUUUAAUUCGUUCAUCCAUUUUGAGUUAAUUGUGAGUGAUAUAAGAAAGGGGUCUACUUUCAUUCUUUGGCAUGUGAAUAUCCAAUUUCCCCCGCAGCCUUUAUUGAAGAGACUACCUUUUAUUUAUUGAGUAUUCUUGGCUUUGUUGUCAGGUAUUAAUUGACUAUGAAUGUAUGGGUUUGUUUCUGGGCUCUCAAUUCUGUCCCAUUGAUCUAUGGGUCCGGUUUUAUACUGAUACCUUACUGUUUUGGUUACUAUAGCUUUGUAAUAUAGUUUGAAAUCAGGAAAUGUUAUAUCUCUAGCUUUAUUCUUCUGUGUCAGGAUUGCUUUGGCUCUUCCAGGUCUUUUGAUUUAAAGUCUAUUUUGUCUGAUAUUAGUAUAGUCACACUUACUCUCUUUUGGUACUUUUUGCAUGGAAUAUUAUUUUCCCAUACUUUCAACCUGUUUGUGAAUUUUGAGCUCGUGUAAUUGGAUCAUGUGUUCUUUAUCCAUUCUGCCAAUCACUGUCUUUUGAUUGGAAGAGUUUAACCCAUUUACAUUUAAAGUAAUUACUGAUAAGGAGAGACUUCUAUCAUUGUGCUAUUUGCUUUAUAUAUGCUUUAUGAAUUUUUCCCCUCACUUCCUACAUUACUCUUUUGUGUUUAGUUGACUUUUGGGGGGGAUAGUGAAAUGUUUAAAUUCUUAUUUUCUUUUGUGUAUAGUGUCUUUGUAGUUACCAUGGGGAUUAUAUUUAACAUCCUAGUUUUAAUCUAUACCAGUUUAAUUUCAAUAACGUAUAAAAACUCUACCCCUUUACAGCUCUGUAUCCGCCUCUUUGGGUUGUUGAUGUCACAUAAUUAUGUCUUUAUACACUGUGUGCCCCAAAGUAUAAGGUGGUAAUCUUUUAAUGUGGAAAGUUUCUUAAUGUAGAAAAGACUUGGAGUAACAAACCAAAGUUACAGUAACAUUAGAUGUCCUGUUAUUCCCAGCCUAUUGAUAGUGAUGCUGUGGCCGAGAAUGCCUGAGACGCUUGCCCAAGCCUAUAGUCCUUGUAGCAAGCCCUCCCAGACAUUUCCCCUACUGGGGCCAAUGCUGUGGCUGGACCAUCCCUUGUGGUUCUUAUGAUUGCAGAAUAUACCUCGACAACGACCAUCAGAGAACUUUGUUGAAGAACAGGUGUUAUUACUCACAGAUCCCAGAUGGUAGUGCAUGGCAUACCUGAAAGUCACACAGUGAGGUUGUACCUAUAGGGAGAGAGAGUGUAGACCUGGGGCUCUGCCUUUAUUAGGAACGGAGGGGAGGGUGUCUAGAGUUUCACAGAUGUACUCCUUAUUGGCUAAUUUUUUUUUUUUUUAAUUUGUUCAACGGUCAUUUAUUUUUGAGAGAGAGAGAGAAUGUGUGUGUGCUGAGCGGGGGAGGGCAGAGAGAGAGAGGGAGACACAGAAUCCAAAGCAGGCUCCAGGCUCUGAGCUGUCAGCACAGAGCUCGACGCAGGGCUCGAACCCACGAACUGCGAGAUCAUGCGCUGAGCUGAAGUCGGACACCUAACCAACAGCCCCCAGGUGCCCCUCCUUAUUGGCUAAUUUAAAGCCUUGUGUGGGAAUUAAGGCACUGGAAGGGAGAAGCAAGGUUACCGAAAUGGUCAAUUAUCUAGGUUCCCCAGGGCUUUCUGGAACUAGGCGCUUCAUGAAUGAAGAUGGCCCAGUCCCUUCUCUGGUUGUUUUGCUAGUACUUGUGUCAAAAAGCUGGCAAUAUUUCUAUUAUUUAGAAUGGAUGCUUUUUGAAAUGGAUGCCUCAGUGGUCAAAAGCUUAAUGUCAGGUACUUAUUCCUAUGCUAGCUUUUACGCUAAUAAUUGUGUGGGGUUUUUUUUUCUAAUGCAUUAAUCUUUUGGGGCGUCUGGGUGGCUCAGUCGGUUAAGCAACCAACUCUUGAUUUUAGCUCGUCAUGAUCUCACAGUUCAUGGGUUCUGGCCCCGCAUGGGGUUUGCUGCUGUCAUUGCGGAGCAAACUCUGUAUCCUCUGUCCCUCUCUCUCUGCCCCUCCCCCGCUCGUGCUCUCUCGA